GAUGUCAUUUCGGAGGGCACUGCAUGACUCGUGUUGUCGUCAGAGAGAGUCUUAUCUUUUAGUGUCAUCAUAACUCAAGCCUCAUACGCCAAGAGCCACGAUCCAUCCAACGUCAGAUUUCGAUAACGUUACAAUUUAACUUCCCACUCAUUUCAGAUUAUUUACAUCUCUCACUCAUUUUCUUCUUUUAUUACAUGUUGUUUCACUACAGCACACUGUCAAAAUGGCACUCAAUCGAGUUGCCCCCGAGGUUCUCCUCGAAAUCUCUUACCAUGUCGAUCAUGAAGAUCUGCGAAAACUUUGCGCCGUGUCUCAUCGUCUAAUGUCUGCAUUUGAACAUCAAACAUACUCAAUCAUCGAAUUAAACGAAACCUCACAAUCUGGAAGUGCCUUAUUGGCUCUCGCAUCUGGACCUCGAAGGGAUAUCGUUCGCGAAAUUCGAUACAACCCUCAUCAUCCUUGGCCAGCUCGAGACAGGAGACACAAGCCUGAGAUCAAGCUCAGUGAUGAGACUCGAACAGCACUACAAUCUCUUACCUUUUUCCCGUCCUUGGACAAAUUUAAAUUCGACCUGAGUCACUGGGAGUUAUCGGAAUGGGCUCUGUCACCACAGUGUUUGAACCGUUGGGAGUUUCAUCUAUGGCAUGGAAAACACGAUACAGAGCCUUGGAGAGUUCUUAUCGAAGGGAGUCUACUGGCGCUAAGCAAAAGUGCGCGUUCCUUUUCUCGACUUGAGAUCGAUAGUCUUCCGCCAACUGGGCGAGAAGCAUAUCGUGCAUGUGAGUCAGAAACGUGGAAAGAUCUUCUUAAACACCUGGCGUCGUUUGAGAUGACACUUGCUGGUGUCGGAUACAUGGGACAUGGCGGGAGUUACAUGUAUGGAAAGAUGACUUCAGCACACCAGGCGUUCAUAACUCUCUUCCCGGAGAUGUUUCUGGAGAAUCUGCAUAAUGUUCAGGUCUUGCGACUCACUGGGAAGAUGAAUGCAGUCAUGGGCAAUGAGCAACUUGUGGAACCCAUAAACUGGGCAUCUCCGUCUAUCAAUCUACCGCGCCUGACAACAUUAGAACUGGAUUACUCUCAGAUCUCGAGCCAGCUCUUUGCCUUUCUUUCCAAUCAUGCAGGGACACUCGAGAAGAUCAGUCUGCGGAACUGUAUAGCCCCAGCCAAGCAAAUCUGGACCAACAUCAUCAACCUCUUCCUCGACAGACAGCCCAAACAGCUGCUUGAAUUUACGACCACGGCGCGUCCAGUGCAUAAACGCAUUGGAGAUCCCUUUGCUGAUAUUUCAGACGGAUUGGAUGUCAAAGUGAGGAGGUUCGUGGUUGGACUAGCAAAUCAUGAUAUCGUACCAGUAGAGGAGUGGGCCGCUGUUAGUGAUAAUGAUCCGGAACUUGACGAGUCUGAUGUUUGCAAGCUGUGGGAUCAACUUGAGGAGAUGUUGGAGCGGAAUAGGUGCCAUGCGCGAGGCUUGUUGCAGGAAGCUAGCCGUUAGCACGGACAUGAGCGAACAUUCAUGAAGCCAUCACGAGCGAGUUGCAUUGGCCUCUGGUUGCACGAGUUGCUUGAACCUUAAACAUUCUAAGCUUCUAGUAUAUACUUCUAAAUAUAGUCAUUUUAUCAUAAGCGCAAACAAGCAUAUGGAACAGGUAUCAUCGCUAAGCCCAGAAAUACAAAC